AUGGAGCCGGCGGGGUGGCAGCAGCGAGUGGCGCUGUGCGAGCGCGUGCCCAAGGUGGAGCUGCACGCGCACCUCAACGGCUCCAUCCGCCACUCCACCAUCAGGUCAACCCCUCCCCGCUUCUCGCCUUCCCCCCGCCCCUCUCGCCCUCCCCGCCCCUCUCGCCCUCCCUGCCCCACACCAUCUCCAUGCCACUCGCGCGCGCAGUCUCCCUGUCGCGCCCCCUGCCCGCCGCAGGGCAUGCCGCCCCCCUCCCCGGAGCUGGCGGAGAAGCGAGAGGCGGAGGCGCCGCUGCUGGCGGAGGACGCACGGCGCCUCACCAACACAGCGGAGCGCAGUCUAGCGGAGUGCUUCAAGCUGUUCGCCGUGAUCCACAGCCUCACCACCGACCAUGCCACCAUCACCCGCAUCACACGCGAGGUGGUGGAGGACUUUGCAGGGGACAACGUGAGCUACCUGGAGCUGCGCACCACGCCCAAGAGCAACCCAAGUGCAGGCAUGACGAAGCAGUCGUACGUGCAGGCCGUGCUGGCAGGGCUGCACGCCGAGGCCGCGUGGCUCCAUGCACGCACCGCACACCAAGCCCCCCCCAGCAGUGCAGUGCCCAUGGUGGUGCGCCUGGUGCUCUCCAUCGACCGCCGAGAGACCACUCAGAGCGCCAUGGACACUGUGCAUGUGGCAGUGCAGCUGCGUGAUCAAGGAGUGGUGGGCAUCGACCUCUCUGGCAACCCCUCCAUCGGCCAAUGGUCCACGUUCCUCCCCGCGCUGCACCUCGCUCGCUCCCACGGCCUUCCCAUCACCGUCCACUUCGCAGAGGUGCCCAACGAGGUGGAGUCAGAGGCAGUGCUGGACUUCGCACCGGAGCGACUAGGCCAUGCGUGCUGCCUGCCGGACCACCUCCAACAAGCCCUGCUGCGCUCUCGCAUCCCGGUGGAGCUAUGCCUCACGUCCAACGUGCGCACGGAGAGUGUCACGGCGUAUGGCAACCACCACUUUGACUACCUAUACCGCGCAUCUCACCCCGUUGUCAUUUGCACUGACGAUUCGGGUGUCUUCAACACCACACUCUCACGAGAAUAUGCACUCGCAGCAGCUGCAUUCAACCUAUCUGACGACCACAUCAUCGAGCUUGCACGUAAAUCAAUCGACUUCGCAUUCCUGCCCAGUCAAACAAAAGUGCUUCUGCGCGACAGUUUUCAACAAAAGAUGACCCUUCCUGUCACAUGA